UGACGUGCAGUUGUGCACAUCGCACCUGAAUCGUUGUUGAUCGCGUAGCCAGCGCGGACGGGGUUGACACGUGCGACGACGGUACGGAAUUGCCGCACAGCUGAUGGCGACUCCGAAACAACGAUGGCAGGCGAGGACGAGUGUCUACUUCAGUGCCUCGAAGAAAAAAUCGCCAACGGUCGCGGUAUGGUUGAACGACUGCGACUCGUGGACAGGAUCGAUGGGAUCGACAAACUGAUACGGAAAAUCCAGCAGGAAAUUAAAUUCCUGGAAAAGGUACAAUGCACAGGAAACGUGAAGAAAGAACAUCUACAGAGCACAAAUCUGAUUCAUCUCAAUGCCAUGGUGGAUCGAUUGUCAUGCGCAAAGGACCCCAUCAGCGUGAUGAAACCUUUCAAGUAUCAAAAAUCACGUUUGGAGGUUGAUAUAGUAUGUAAUAAUGGUGCUUCAUGGGUAAAGGUUGUAGCCAGAAAUGCCAGGGCUUUAACCAUGAUAUCGCUCGGUAACGGUGAAUACGGACAAAAGUCUGUUAUGGACCAAGCUAACGCUUAUCUGAUGUGCAGUAAACGUCACCUGUAUCACUACAGGCCACCGGAUGUCGUGUUUCACUUUGCCUGUGGCAUAGAGAUUCCUCUAGCUCUACGUUUAGAGCAAAUGGGCAUUAUAGUCGAAGGAGACAGGAUAGAUGCAGAUGAUAAGAACUUGUGCACUCAGUACGAUAUAUCAGAACACGAUGAGCUGGACCAUUCCGUGGAGCCUGCGAAAGAUUCCGAGAAGGAUUCAGACCUGCAGUCGCUGAAUACGUCUGCGCUCUCGACCGAGAUCAAACUGCUGAAUCUGGACGUGUCGACAUUGUUAGCUUAUGUUACAAAUAUGUCCAACGGACAUAAUAAUUACGUUUAUCGCGAGCCGUUGCUCACGCAGCAGGCCGAAAUGGAGAGAGGACGUCCCAUAAAACCGAUCCUGGAGGAUUUGUUUCGCGACAAGGAACUCCUCGUUUGUCGGACGGCGUAUAACAAUUUUAUGAGUAUCAUCGACGUCAUCGGUGGUCCGAAAGAGACGGUGCGUGCGCACGAGCUGCUGAAGGAAGCUCGAAUCGUCGAUGACGUACCCACUGGACGAAUUAUGGGACUACGCUUAGGCGGUAAAAUCAAAGAUCGCUCACGACUGGUCUUCGCAACCGGCGAGAAUAUGAAAAGCAUUACCGUUUCUGCUAACGAAGGAUUUGUAAGAGCGGCGCGUAUGCAGGGUGUCGAAUGUACGGUUUUCCUACAUGAACCAAGAUCCCUGUCAGAAAUCAAAGAGAGUAACGCCACGAGUAUAGAACCAUCUUGAUAUUAUUUAAUAUAUAUACAUAGGCAAUUACCAAGAAGAAGCAUGCUAAGAUGUGAAAUAUCAGAUACACUUGUAUCGAUAAUUUAUCGCGUUCUUAUACAUAUUAAAAUAAUGAUUACUCAUUAUUUAUGCGGAAAAGACUCGUUCUGUCACUGCUCAUCACUGCUGAUCACCUGAUGAAUAUUCAAAUCAAAUUUGUCGAACUCCGUCUCCAGAUUUUCUUCGUAUUCUGUAAAAUAUAAAUAUAAAAUAAAUUGUUUAUAUAAAUAUAAAAUCAAUAUAAAAAAAA